GACUUGUCUAAGUCUCCCCCGUCGACGACGGACAUGCCACUUCUUUAUGAUACGCCUAUUUUUAUCGUGCACCUGCCGACAUCGACGACACAGCCUGCGGCACGUCGACGCCCUUAAUUAGCCAUGGCCAUCGACCACGACGCCGACGACACCGGCACUAGCCCCUACAACGACAAGCUUCUGCUCGCCGCAAUCGUCUCCCUCUCCGUCGUCAUCUUCCUCGUCAUCCUCCUCCACCUCUACUCCCGUUAUCUUCUCCUCCUCCGCCGCCGCCGCCACCGCCUCCCCUCCCACCUCGCCCUUCGCCGCGUCCUCCAUAGUACGCAACCUCCUCCUCGCUAUCUGAAUAAUUAUGACGGCGAUCGUUAUGUGAUCCCGGGCCACGCGACGGAGACCAGGACGACGGUCGGCGGCGGGGUCGACCCCAAGGUGGCGGCUUCAAUGCCGGAGUUCGUGUAUAGAGCGGAAGAGCACUCCGGCGGCGGCGUCGAGUGCGUGGUGUGCUUGAGCGUCAUGGAGGAGGGGGAGAGGGGAAGGCGGCUUCCGCGGUGCGACCACGCGUUCCAUGUCUGGUGCAUCGAUGUGUGGUUUAUGGCGCACGACACGUGCCCAAUUUGUCGGGCGCCGGUGAGGAUGGAGGAGGAGGCGCCGCCGCCAGAGGAGGUGGUGGUGGAGGAGGCGGCCAUAGCUAGCGUUGACAGUGCUGUUGUGGCGGAGGCCGGUGAGAUGGCAACGGUGGAGGUUGAGAAAGACGAAGAGUCUCCUUCCUCCUCGGCUUCUAAUAAUUUGUCUUUUGGUUCUUCUCUUUUGAGAAUUUUAAGCAGAGGGAGAUCAUGAAAAUUGUAAGUAAAGGGAGAUUAUUUUUUAGUCGACAGUAUUGAGCUUACGCCAACUAAUCUUAAGAUGAUAGGCUCAAUAGUAAUUUUUUAUCGGUUACUAGUGUAAAUUGAUAUCAUCUUUAGUGUUUAAUUGAUAUAUG